AUGCUGUUGCAAGAGGUGGUCAUGGACAACGAUUCCAACCGGCCGCAAGAAGUACACGAAAGGCAUUCCGUUCCACCCACAAGACUAUCCAGAUCAGAUGUGGCUUUCCCUCUAGCGACGCCUCGGAAGCGUGCUCCUUCAGUAGCUUCGGUUGUCGACCUUGUCGGGGAGCCCUUACAGCCAGAUGGACAGACAAUUGGAGUGGUCACCGUUUGCGCCGUGGACUCGCCGUGUCUGGACGCCGGAGACUCGUGUCAAGAAAAGGAGAAUGACCCUUCCAGAUCUCAAAAAGGCAGCCGUAAAGCUCAAAUGUCUCUCAAUGACCUGCCGCUCGAAGUUCAAGGCAAGAUCCUCGACUUCAUCUUCGGGGAUAUGCAUUCAGUCUAUGUUGGAUCAACAUCACUGCGGGGCAAGAGUGUCUCAUCCCUGAUGCGACACCCGCGACGCAAGGCCGUCUCGGACUUUGCGCUGGUCUCACCUGCCUGGCGUGAUAUGGUUCAAGAGCGCAUAUAUCGACAUAUCAAGAUCAAGGGCACUCGGGCCGGACUCAAAGAGUCUGAAACCUUCUUCAGCUCUCAUGCUCAUUUGAGGAAGCUUGUCCGGCAUAUUGAAUUUUGGGUCCCUGUUUGGGGAGACAAGGCCCCCUUCCACGAUCUUUCUGUCAACCCUCUCCUACCCAGGCCGGCGGGAGAACGCAACAAUGGCUCCUCCUAUCACCUUGUGCAGCAAGCAAGUGAAAGAGACCUGAUUGCAGCCACCGAUGUGCUAGGCUUCAGCUACGCAAUAUGCGCCUACUCAGCAACACUCUCAGAGAUAUUUGCCCACAUCAAUGAUUUCUUCCCUCACUCGCUCAUCUUCACACUAGAAGGGGGCCACUGCAAGAAGUCCAACAUGAUUCGGCACUUUCCAAAGACCCUCUUCCCCGACCCGAAUCAGCGGUUGGACAAAUUACCAAAUAUUCGCACCUUCGCCAUGCGCGGAGCCUGGAAUAUAAUGAGAAAUUAUCAGCACUGGAAGACAAUCGAGGAUGCUCUGCCAAACGUUGAGGAGUGGCAUUGCGCUUACGCGAGACCCCGUCCUGAAGCGGACGCCACAAUCAACGAAGUCCUCACAUACCUCCCUUCAAGACUCCGUCAUGUCAACAUCUCUCUCGAUGGAAUGUACGGCAAAGAACCAAUACCAUUGGGGUCAAGCUUGGGUGGUCGACCACCGCAUCUCUGCGACCAGAUAGGUCGUGUUCUGCCACACGUCGAAUCACUCUCAUUCAGGGGAAAGAUCUGCGAGUGCCUGUGGACUAGUGCAUGCUCUGCAAUCUCCUCUCAAACGGGAAAAGCAGAAGAACCCAAACUCAAGCAUCUUGAAAUAGUGGUCAAGUCAUGCUGCCGCCAACGUGUCACCGCAACCGACCCCAAAACGGGAGAGACAUUUAUCCAAGAAUUAGGUGGUAUCAUCGCCGACGGCGCUGGACUCACAAAUCUCGUCUUCAUCAAGGCUCUGGAACGUCUUGUCCUCAACACCGUCGAGGCACUGCCAUUUUUCCCGAAUCUGGAGUAUGUGCGGAUCAGAUACAUUGACUUGGACUCUCCUUGUACACUGUUGAACCCGUACUGGCUGCUGGAGCAUGGCAAGGUGUAUGGCAUUUGGAACGAGGAGAUUGUGGAGAGGCUGAGCCAGGUGAUGCCCGAUGUCGGGUACGUGGAGCUGGAGGAGGGGAUCGAGUGUACAGAAGGCUAUUACAAGCACAUGGCCCUCUUGGCGAGCUCUUCCAACCAUGCCUCGACUGGCAUCGGGGGCCCGCCGGCUUAUCCUUAUGGUGGUCCUGGACGUGCAUCUCCACCUCCUGUCUUGGAGCUCGCGCCUAGCAUGCUUUGGCCCAAGUCGAAGCCACGGAGCAUCAAGACGACCAGCUACAAGAUCAUUGCUGAUGUGAGGGGUGGUUGA